AUGGGAAACGACCGGGCAGGGAGGCAACCGGGCAGGGAGGCGACCGGGCAGGGAGGCGACCGGGCAGGGAGGCAAACCGGAAGCAGGGAGCCAACCGGCAGGAGGCAACCGGGCGGGGAUGCAACUGGCGGGGAGGCAACCACGAGACAAGGCCAGGGAGGCGACCGGUGGCGGGGAGCAACUGGGCAGGGAGGCGACCGGGCAGGGGGCGACCGGGCAGGGAGGCACUACCGGGCAGGGAGCAACCGGCAGGGAUGCGCCGGCAGGGAGGCAACCGCGGGCAGGGAAGGCAAAACCGGGCAGGGGGCAACCGGCAGGGAAAGGGCAAACAGGGCGGGAGGCAAACGGGGCGGGGAGGCAACCGGCGGGGGGGAGGCAAACCGGGCAGGGAGGUGGGGGGCGGGACCGGGCGGGGAGGCCAAACUGGGGGCAGGGAGGCGGAACCGGCAGGGGAGGCAACCGGGCAGGAGGCAACCGGUGGAGGCAACAAGGGGCAGGGAGGCAACCGGGCAGGGAGGCGACCGGGCAGGGAGGCAACCGGGCAGGCGGACAGGGCGGGAGGCGACCGGCGGGGAGGCAACCUGGGCGGGAGGGCAGGGCAGGGAGUGCACCGGGCUUUGGGGAGGCAAGACCGGGCGGGAGGCAAAUCCGCAGGGAGGCAACCGGGCAGGAAGGCGACCAGGCAGGGAGGCAACCGGGCAGGGAGGGCAACCGGGCAGGGGAGGCGGGGAACCGGGCAGGGAAGGCAAACCCGGGCAGGGAGGGCAACGAGGGAAGGCAACCGGGGCAGGGCAAGGCGGGGAUACCGGCGGGGAGGCAACUGGGCGGGGAGGCCAAACCGGGCAGGGAGGCGACCGGGGAGGGAGGCGACCGGGCAGGGAGGCGACCGGGCAGGGAGGCGACCGGGCAGGAAGGCGACCGGGCAGGGAGGCGACCGGGCAGGGAGGCGACCCCUGGUCAGGGCACCAGGGGCAUGCUGUUUGUCUGGAAAUCCUGGGUCUGGUAGUCUUCUCAUCAGCUGAUAUUUCUGAGCAAUGUGAAGGUAUAAGACCACUUGUUGGAUCCCCCAGAGGAGGCAGGGGAGCAAAAGGGGGGCCCCACCCAUGGCAACCCGACCUGGUCGCCUCUCUGCCAGGGGUCCCAGACUGUCAGGCCUACCCAGUCACCUCUCCUUUAGGGUCAUAUCCAUGGCAGCCCGACCCAGACGCCUCUCAACCAGGGGCCCCAGACCUGGCGGCCAAACCUGGUCGCCUCCCAACCGGGGCCCUCAGCCCUCGCUGCCCAACCCAGUCGCCUCCUUGCUGGGGCCCCCAGCUCUGA